AUGGCUCAUCAUCAGCACGACUCCGCGUCGGCAGCUUCAGGAUGUCCUCCAAGUGCACCUGCUGGUGUCACUGUGAGUGAAGCUCAGGAAGGUACAGAAGCUGUUAAAAUUUCCUGUUGCGACUUGACGUCAUUGUACUUGUGUCUCAUUGCUUCCAAGAUGUACGAACGUUUCCGUGUUAUAUAUCAUGACAUUCAAACUACAGAACUGCGAAGGAGUGAGAAGUUCUUUGCCUUUUCCCCGAUUCGAUUUGUGGACGAUGUUUACAACUGCACCUCGCAUUAUCUGAAGCACGGACUAGAUCAAAUGGAGAAUGUUCUGCUGGAAGAUCAAGAAACCAGAAUAUACUCUGAUGAUAUCAAGAAGGGUGUAACUAGUUUGCACAAGAAGCUUUUCCGCUCCUUGGACAGGAACAUCGACAAAUUCGAGCUGUACAUCAUUCGUAACAUUCUGAAGAUUCCGAAACAUCUUGAUCUCUCGUCGGACAACAAGGAAAUGAAUUGGACAGGAGAGUCUGCUGCUGCAGGGGGAUCAGUGGAGGAUGAGCAGAUGUUGGAUGAGGAACUGAGGGAGCUACGCCGCAAAAUUCAUUCUGCUCAGUUUGUCAACAGAGCUAUGAAAGGAAAGUUAAGCGAGAUUGAGAAGCAACUGAAGGACUAUCAUCAAAUCCAAGAAGCGUUCGAUGAAAUGGACCGCAGGGCCAAGGAAAGUGGAGUCGACACACACCUGGAAGCUGCUGUGCUCGACCUUCUCCAACAUGAUCCCGAACUGCGAGCCCUGGAGAAACAGUACGCUGCCGUUGAGACGAGUAAGGAUAAUGAGAACUGGGGAAUGGUUGGGCCAAACAUAGAUACUUGUUUCACGGAAAACCGAGUCAAGAUGGGUGGCCCGUCAACAAGAACUUUGAACCAUCUGCGAGAGAUCCUCACUGCCAAGUGA